GAAGAAGAACGUGUUGACGUCACACGCAGAGCUCAUGAUGGCGGUUGAUUUGACUCCCCGUUUCAGACGGUUGAACAGCCAAACGAGGAGUUUUCGAGAAAACACACAACAUGUUUUCUCGGGGCCCUUCGGUGCCACCCAGCUGUGGCACAACAUCAUCCAGGCCCUGCAAACCCAGGUGGAGGUGCGCCGCUGUAGAAGGCAUCUCCGCGUUCACACCGAAUGUUUCACAGGCUCGGACGCCGUGGAUGCCGUCCUCAGUUACUUGAUGCAGAAUGUGGUGUUUUGCACGAGUGAAGUGUCUCGCCUCAAAGCUGCCCGACUGUGCCAGGCGCUGAUGGAGGCCAAGGUGUUCGAGCCAGUGGGUACGAAGCUGUUUCGCAGAGACAAGGAAGUGACCUUUGAGGACAGCAGCUGCAGCCUUUACCGUUUUCUGGAAUAUAAAGUGGUACCAAAUUCUGCCAUGAAAGAGUGCAAUAGUGACACAGAAAACGUGCCACCAGAGGAACAGGGGCUGAAGAGGAAGAAGAGCUCCAGGAGGCUGAACGAACUGAGGACAAUCUCUAAUCCCCUUGCUGUCGGACCAUCAGACAGGAGGGUUGAGAGGCUGCUGAGAACCAUCAACCUGCGACCAACCUUGUCUACAGCUUUAAACACAACCCCCACUACUCCUGCCUUUCUGUCCAAAACUGUGAUUGAUGAAGUUUGGAAGCAGCAGACGCUACUGCAGCUGCUGCAGAUAGUAGAGCUGCCCAUGCUGGACUGCAUCCUGAUGUCUCCUUCCAGGGUUCAGCUCCAGGCCUGCAGAGCUCCUGUAGCCACCCAGGACCUGGUUAUCUCUAACACAUGUCUGGAGAGAGAGCUGCCCGACACUCUUAAUCUGCCCCAUUUGGAUGGGUGGCUGUCGGCAGCGGCGGACUGCUUGGAGCUCUUUCCCGACCAGCUGAUCGUGGUUGCAGGGGAGCAGCUCAGCCAACAAGGUGACAAUACCUUUUCAGAAGACGGCCAGUCGGAGCAGAUGGUGAGCCAAAAGAGGCUGCUCUUUGACACUAUUGCCAAGUACUACAGUGGACAGGAGAAAGCUCCCCUUCUCUCAGGACACCACCUGGACAUACACGCUGCAAUCCUGGAUUUGCUGGAUGAAGGGAAGUUGCAGGAUGCCAUCAAAGCAUCUCAGCUGUGUUUUCGACUGCUGGAGACGAGCGUGAGGGAUGAGCUCAGGAGACUGCUGACCUUUAUGGCCACAGCAGCUCACCCAGACGCUUGCCGUCUUCAGAAACAGAUUGAUAACAGGGCCUCGGUCUGCCGCGCUUUUCAGAGAGCAGUUGUCCAGAAUCAUGAACUGACUCGAACCCAAAGUGAAACCCUGGUGCUGUUUCUCAUGGACAAUUACACUGAGCUCUUCAAGACUCCUACAUCCCUUAUUGAAGCUGUGAGGAGAACACUGAGGACUAUGCAGCAGGGAAAAGACCCUGACUCAACUGCCACGUUCACCUUCUGCCAGCAGGUGUCGCCAGAGGAGUACGAGGACCAGCGAGAGGCUGCCACCCUGGAGAGCCUCAAACAGCUUCUUCAUGACAUCUCCUCCAGCAAAACCUUACCUGUCAAGGAGAGAAGGAGGCUGCUCAAAGAGUUUGAGAAACAUCACCCCGUGGUCUUCCUCCAGCAUUUAUCCAGCACCUUCUGAAUCAUACAUGUGAAGACUUAUCGGUUUGACUUCCCAAGUGCACUUCACAGAGCCAGGUUGCAGUGGUACAGCGCUUACACUGAAGAAUAGCAAUAAUUUAAUGCACAUUAAUCUGGGUCAGAUUAAACAUGCUGUUGUUAGUGAUUGACGUGAUGUGAUGAAGUCACAUGAGGCCACAGUUGUUGAGGCUUUAUUUGUAGAUAUUCUGUUAAGUCUUGUUCUUUCGUGUUUGUUACAGUCUUGUAGCACUGGAUGCAACUAUCUCAAUGGUUCUCAGCCUUUUCUCGUGUCAGAGACCCCUAAAUGGAUACGCAUUAAAUCACGGACCCCAUCUGAUAAGAUUUCACACCACAAAACUCCAUCUAAGGGCUGCGACUAGCGAUUAUUUUCACUAUCAAUUAAUAUGUUGAUUAUUUUCUCAAUUAAUCCAUGGGUUGUGUGGUCUUUGAAAUGUCAGAAAGUGGUGAAAAAUGUUCUCCCAAAGCUUUAGAUUACGUUCUCAAACGUCUUGUUUUGUCCACAACCCAAAGAUAUUUAGUUUACUGAGAUAGAUGUGUGAAGAAACCAGGAAAAAAAUUCACAUUUAAGAAGCUGGAAUAAAAGAAUUUUGACUUUUUUUUUUUAAAGCAAAUUAGUUGGUGAUUAAUUUAACAGUUGACAACUAAUCGAUUUAUUGUUGCAGCUCUACUUCCAUCUAAAAAGAUAUUGGUUGUUAGAUAUGAUUGAAAUUUGCCUGUGUCCAGACCUGAGUUUGAGUUGACUGAUUUCAUCUGGCAUCGUGACAUGAAACAGCAAUUUCUCAGUUAAAAUAAAAAACAAGCCAAUCAGCACCACAGGUGGGACUAGUACUGUAGUCAAGCGGUUGUCAAGCGCUGUUAAAUGGUUUGCAGAACCAAUGAGUAUUAAUAACAACGGCUAGCGCUGUAGACAAGAUAGAUGCUGCUAUUGAGGCUGUUCUACAUCAGCAUGUCUUUUCAGUACUGCCCGACAUCAUAGUUUGUUUUACUUCGCUCCACUCCACUCUGUAAAUCCUGGCAAAACAGGUAUAUCGGCAUUAGUGUGGAGUUAAGGUUAAGGUGCCUAAACAGCAGUACUCAGUAAGCUGUGGUAGCUUCAGCUGUUUGUGGCAGUUGGCAUUUUUUGUUAAGUUAGGACACAUCUUUUAAUUUUACAUUAAUGACACUAACUUUAUGUUUAAAGAUGAAUAACGUUUAAAGAUGGCUUAUGUGCACUAGAUUGUCCUACUGUAGAAUACUGUAGAAUACUAGUCUAUGCAAAGUAUGAAAACAUAAAAGGGAUUACUGGAAAAGAAUACUCUCAGCCAUCUAACAUGCUGUUUUAAGGUUACGAUCAGUGAACAGCUUGUGCACUAAUUGAUUUACCUCUUCGAUAAACUAAUGUGUUAUCAUUAAGAGCUAUUUAAAUGAGGUUGAUUGGGGCUUUAGAAAUGGAAGUGUGGUUUGCAGAUGUAAUGCUGUGCACUUUGAUCAGGCAUUAAUAUUUCUACAUGCCAAAUGAAGACUAAUAAUAUCAUGGCAGCCUUUUUUAGUUUUACUGUAGCAUGCUGUAGUGUGUUGAAGGAAAAACACAGGUGAAGGGAACACUAAUGUAGCUGAAUGAGGUUUAACACUGACUUGUUUGUGUUAUAGAUGAAGACUGAUCUCUCUGUGAGGAUUUUUUUUUCAAUAAAACUAAUAUGAAAUGAAAGCAGAAAGGGUACAGUAAUGUGUUAGGCAGGUUUAUAUGUUUUAAUUUUCAGGAUGUUUUAACCAACAUUUAGUGCCAGUAUCUUGGUCAAGUGUUUUUUAAUUGUAACUUUUUAGGAUUUUACUUGAAAGUUGGACAUAAUCCUUUUUAUGGAAGGUGUGUAAUUAAUAAUGAUUUAAUAUUAUUUUAGGCUAUUAAUUAAAACUUUGGUUUAGCAUGAUACCUCAGUUGGAUAUUAUCCUUUUAACUCAUGAAGCCAUGGUCAUGCUUUGCAGGCAGAGAGGUAAUUUACAGGCAAAUCUCAAUUCAGUCAGCAUCCUCUGUUCUUUACAUACACUGAAAUCAUGUUAGAUUGCACUUUAUGAUGCUGAAACGUGCUUUAUUUUCUGUCGGAAUAACACGUCUAAUAAAAGUUUAAUUGAUGUUCU